ACUCGUAUUAUCUCACCAGUUACGGAGUACGCACAGAACAGACUCGGACUCGCGCUAUUCUCUCAACGUCCCGACUCACAGCUCUGCCAUCCUCCGCGUGAUCCUCUCUCGAAGAUUGUGGCGGAUUGGAUUCGACUUUCUCCCUCGCUCUGUGAUCUCCUGCCUGGUGCAUUCUGACCCAAAUCCCCUGCACCUUUAAUUCAUCAGCCACCUUUGACUGCGCACAACUGGCAUUCGACCUACGCCUCAUCAGCCCUCAACCCCGUACCCUCUACACAAACAGAACACACCGUAAAGUCCACGGCAAAAUGUCCGACGCAUACGCCCGCGAAGAACAGAACAAUGCGCUCCUCUCUUCUCUCUCCCAAAAGACCUCGGCUCUCAAGCACAUCACAUUGGACAUCUACGACAACGCGCGGUCGCAGGAGACGCUCGACAACACGAAUGAAGUGUUCAGCAAUAUGAGCACGAGCAUCCGCGGGUCCGCGGGCCGAUUGACCCGCAUGGCGAAACAAGGUGAUAAAAUGGCCGUGCUGAAGUUGGCGGGGAUCAUUGUCGUCGUGUUGCUCGUGGUGUAUUGGGUGGGUGGAUGGAUCUUGGGCCUUAUCUUUGGGCGGUAGCAGCGACAGGGACGUUGACAAGAGUCAUUAUGGUCUUAUCAGGUCGAAAAAGGGAGUCUUGGACGUGAAGCAGGCAGGUGCCGAGCUGAGGGGAUUGGUUUCCAGGAGAGAGCGAGAGCAGGAAUAGGUACCGUCAAUAACGUGCAAAAGCGAGGAUGCUGGAAGGAGUGCAAAAAGAAGUCGGGGGGUUUUCACGUGGCACCUGGAUGUCCAUCCAGGACGCGUUGGAUCUGACUCGGCCACGAAAGCCCUGAAUCAUAACCAUACCCAGCUUCCUGGUCGUGGGGCUUACAAAAGAGACCUUUUGCUGGUCUCACGGACGGUCCCAGAAACGUCUCGGCAAUAUGUCACAUACUGGACGAAGGGAGCUGAGCGAGAGAACAGCCGGCACGAUCAAAGAGGACGCGACGCCCCUGAUAUGCCCGACGUGCAGAACGACAUGUUCGACCACGCGUGCUAUGACCUCUCCGACAUGGGUUGGGUCCCUGCUGCCAUCGACCGCUAUCUCCAUGGGCUGGGCGCACGAUUUUCGGCUUCUUGUUUUUCUUUUUCUUUUUUGGGGGCUUGAUUCACCUUGGGGAUACUGAUACUUGUGCCUGCUUCAGAAGCUAGAGUGGAAUGAGAAAAGGCAAAACGAUGCAAGGCAAGGCAAGGCAAGGCAAGGCAUAUUAUCCAGCGACGGGAGUUUGAACGGCAAUUUUCCUUUUUAACUUGGGCUUGUCUUGGUCAGCUGGGCACAGCUGGGAUACUGUAUAACUUAGUUACUGUCUUGCUGUACAUGCAUGCCGACAACAGCGUGGUUGAUAUCGAUACCAUCACUCAAUAUUUACCGUGGCAUUUCCAAA